AUGAAAAAGGAACUUGAGAUAGCAGGCUACACGGCCUUGCCCCUUAACCUCCCAACCACACCCUCCUUUCCAACACCGGCAACACACUACCUCUACCUCCGCCCUCAUGAACCACGAAUCCCAGACCCCGACACCCCUCGAUCGCUCUUUCUCGUCAACACCCCUAUCGACACGACAGAGACACAUCUCCGACACCUCUUCGGCACACAACUUUCCGGCGGCCGCGUCGAACGCGUUGACUUUGAGUCCGCACGCACAGGGAAGAAGAACGGCGCUUCCCAGAUCGCCCUAGUACAAGGCACGAAUGUCGCAAAGGGCAAGAAACGCAAGCGCGUGACGGUCGAUGAGCUGGAGACUAAGCUGGACGAUAUUUCUCUCCCCUCGACAUGGGACCGGCAGCUACAUCAAAGCGGAUCGCAUGCAGUUGUGGUCUUCGUUGACAAAGCUAGUAUGGAGGCAAGCUUGAAGGCUGCGAAGAAAGCAUCUAGGAAGGCAUCUGGCGGUAAGGAUAUUAUCACCUGGGGCGAGGGACUUGAUGAAUCCCGGGUUCCUUCACUGGGAUUGCAGCGGUAUAUCUCCCACCAGCGAGCGACGUACCCACCCCGCGCGGAACUGCUGCGUACAGUAAGCGAGUAUAUGAAUGUGUUCUCGGAGGUUGCGGAGAAUAGGAAGAAGGAGUCAGCGCUGCGGGCGGCGGAGCCAGACGACGAUGGGUUCGUUACUGUUACGAGUGGGCCGAGACUUACUUCUGCGGCUGGUGAGGAGGAGGCGAAGCGGUUGAUUGAGAAGCGGAAGAAGCAGGCGGAAGGAUUUGGAGAUUUCUACCGGUUCCAGUCUAGGGAGAAGAGGAAAGAGAGGCAGAUUGACUUGUUGAAGAAGUUCGAUGAGGAUAAGAAGAAGUUGGAGGAGCUGAAGAUGCGGAAGGGGAAGAUUAGACCCGAAUGA